UGGGCCGAGUUGGCGACUCACGGCCAUGUUUGCGCCACCUACAGCCUGGGAGGGUGAGCGUCAUGGCGGCUUCUUGCCCUCUCCCGGUGACCCCGGACCUGCCCACGCUGCGUGCCAAGUUGCAGGGACUUCUGCAGUUCCUGAGGGAUGCCUUGUCCAUUUCCAAUGCACAUACCGUGGAUUUCUACACAGAAUCCGUGUGGGAGGAGCUGGUCGACUUGACCCCGGAGACGGUGCUGGCUGCACUGAGGAAGUCAGCGUCGGAGGCGGAGGCCCGGCCCUCAGAGACGCGCCGCCUAGUGGAAGCAGAGGGGGAAGCAGGUGUGACUGAUUUUCCCAAAAUAUUCUGUGAAACUUCUCAGAAGUUGGUGAGUGUGGAAGCCUUUGCUCUGGCUGCGAAAUACUAUUCCAUACAAAACUUGGGAAUAUGUACUCCUUUUGAACAGUUGCUUGUAGCCCUUCGAGGAAAUCAAAACCAGAGAAUUGGUGAAACUCAGAAGGCAGUUGAGUUUAUGAAUAUGAAGAAAUCUCAUGAAGUUCAGGCAAUGUCAGAGCUGAUCAGCAGUAUUGCUGACUACUAUGGAAUAAAACAGGUGAUUGACUUGGGUUCCGGUAAAGGCUAUCUAAGCUCCUUUUUGUCCUUGAAGUAUGGCUUUAAAGUUUAUGGAAUUGAUUCCUCAAAUACUAAUACUCAUGGAGCUAAGGAGAGAAACAGAAAACUGAAGAAACAUUGGAAACUCUGUCAUGCUCAGUCAAGAUUAGAUGUCAAUGGACUAGCAUUAAAAAUGGCAAAAGAAAGGAAAGUGCAAAAAGAAGUUAAAAAUAAAGCUGAUAUUGAGGAAGUGUUUAACAACAGUCUUACAAAUCAAGAAAAGAUGUCUACCUCAGAUAUUUCGCCUGAUUUUUCUGGCUCUGUAAUUUCUAAUAUCAGAAACCAAAUGCAAACCCUUCAUUCUCAACCACAUCAAGAAGAAAAUUUGUGUUUUGAAAAUUCCUUUUCUCUUAUAAACCUUUUGCCUAUUAAUGCCGUAGAGCCUACUUCUUCACAGCAAAUACCCAACAGAGAAACAUCUGAAGCCAAUAAAGAGAGAAGAAAAAUGACAUCAAAGUCAAGUGAAUCAAAUGUAUAUUCACCUUUAACCUCUUUUAUCACUGCUGAUUCAGAACUCCAUGACAUUAUUAAAGAUUUGGAGGAUUGUUUGAUGGUAGGUCUACACACUUGUGGUGAUCUGGCUCCAAAUACUUUGAGAAUAUUUACCUCCAAGUCUGAAAUCAAGGGAGUUUGCAGUGUGGGUUGUUGCUACCACCUCUUAUCUGAAGAAUUUGAAAACCAGCAUAAAGAACGUACUCAGGAAAAGUGGGGAUUUCCAAUGUGCCACUAUUUAAAGGAAGAGAGAUGGUGCUGUGGUCGUAAUGCCAGAAUGUCAGCAUGUUUGGCAUUGGAGCGGGUUGCAGCUGGCCAAGGGCUGCCUACUGAAUCACUCUUCUAUCGUGCUGUUCUUCAGGAUAUUAUUAAAGAUUGUUAUGGCAUCACCAAAUGUGAUCGGCAUGUUGGUAAAAUUUAUUCCAAAUGUUCUUCAUUUCUGGAUUAUGUCAGACGGUCUCUAAAGAAGCUUGGAUUAGAUGAGUCCAAGGGCCUAACUCACCUGAGGGAAGGAAAAUACCUAGCUUCAGCCAACUCUAACAUUCCAUGGGGGAGAAAGAAAAUAUCCAACUCCAGCCUACUCUAGCCAUCCUGCGCCACCCAAGAAAGGGUAAAAAUACUGAGAAGCACUGAUAAAGUGUGUAGUGCAGAGACACAGGCUCAGUAAAAGACUGAGACAUAAUUAUAGGACUACAAACCAUUGAAAAUCAUUUCCCCUCCCCUCACACAUUGCUAUCAUGUCACUACGGGCUUAUUUACAGCAGCUGCUUUUACCCAGUACUUUAUAUCUGGCUAUCUAGAAAAUUACAAAGCAUACUAGAAGACAACACAGAUUGAAGAGACAGAGCAAACAUCAGAACCAAAUUCAGAUAUGGCAAAGAUGUUAGAAUUGUCAGACUAGGAAUUUAAAACAAUAAUGAGUUCUAAUGGACAAAGUAGAUAGCCUGCAAGAACAAACUGAAAAUGUAAGGAAAUAGAUUGAAAUUUUUAGAAAGAACUAAAAGGAAAUGCUAAAGAUCAAAAAUACUGUCACAGUAGCCAGCCAUGGUGGCUCACACCUGUAAUCCCAACACUUUUUAUGGCCAAGACAGGAGGAUUAUUUGAACCCAGGAGUUUGAGACUAGCCUGAGCAACAUGGUAAGAUUCCAUCUCAGCAAAAAAUUCAGACAUUAGCUAGUGUGGUGGCAUGCACCUCUAGUUCCAGCUACUUGGGCAGCUGAGGCAGGUGGAUUGCUUGAGCCCAGGAGUUGGAGGCUGCAGUGAGCUAUGCUUGUGCUGCUACACUUCAGCCUGGAUGACAGAGCAAGACUCUGUCUCCAAGAAAAGAAAAACAACAAAAAAAAAUUACUGGUAUAGAAAUGAAGAAUGUUUUUGAUGGGCUUAUUAUUAGGCUGAACACACCUGAGGAAAGAAUCUCUGAACUUGAGGAUCUAUCAAUAGAAAACUUGAAAACUAAAAAGCAAAAAGCCCAUAUGUUUCAAGCUUAGGAAGAUCAGUUAUGUGCAAAAUGAAAUCAUACCUAAAAGUAAUAAACAUACUGAGUCACCUUUGCUCUAUUUAUUCCAGAAGAUCACAGUGAUACUAAUCUUUGGAUAACUUCCUCUAUCAACCUGAGAAUAUCAGGAUCACUUCAGCCUCCUUGCCACUGGCUUUGUCUUCCUUGACUUUUUUGACAGGAUCUGCUGAUGGCUUCACCUUCACAUCCACUUACUUUAGUUCUUAAGUAAAUUAUGUCCUAACCAAGAACCUUCAGUUCCACCAUCAGGUGGUGAGAACUACCUCAGUUGCUAACCCAUCUUCUCAUCACAUAUGAUGUGGGGAGGGUCUCUGAACAACUGUGUCUGUAAUCCACUCAUCCAACCCACACUCUAAAAGUUACAGUAUAUGGUCCUCCUUUGCUUAUCUAGACCCCCUUUAUAUAGAUUUACUUUAAAAAACAAAUUGAAUAAAUAAAUACAUGGAAGAGAAGAGACAAAUGUCCUAUGGAAAAGAGUUCCAAAUAAUUUAUAUAGAUAUUUCCUCCUCAAGGAGAUAGAGCAAAACUCCCCAUUCUUUAAGUGUGGCCUGUGCAUAGUGACUUUUUUCCAAAGAGCAUAGUAUGUGAAGGGGGAAAAAAGAGGAACUUUCCAGUAAAGAACCUGACAAACAGAAUCUCAGCCAAGUAAUCAAGGUCAACAUGAACAGUGAUAAUUCAUGUUGAUAGUAUGUACUCUUGUUAUAAGGUGAAGAAUAUGGUACUUUAUUCCUAUGAUGGUUCUUUCAAAAGCCUAUCCCCACUCUAUUUAUGAGAAAAGUAUCUGACAAAUCCUGGUGGAGAAACAUUCUACAAAAUACCUGACCAGUACUUCUCAAAACUGUCAAGGUCUACAAAUCAAGACAAGUUUGAGAAACUGUCAAAGCCAAGAGGACUAAUUGCAGUGUGGGUUCCCUGGAUGGGAUUCUAGACCUGGAAAAGGACAUUAAAUAACAACUCAGGAAAUUUGAAUAUUAUGUGGACUUUAGUUAAUAAUAAUGUAUCAAUACUGGUUCACUAAUUAUAACAAAUAUACCAUAUUGUAAAAUGUUAACAAUAGGAGAAAAGAGUAUAUAGUAUAUGGAAAUUCUCUGUCCUAUUUUCAAAAUUUCUAUAAUACAAAACUGUUAUAAAAUAUAUUUAUUUUUUAGAAACAACAUGAGAAUUAAUGUUUACCAAACCUUUGCUUUGUGCCAGGCACUGUGCUAAAAGCUUUGUUUAUAUUAUCUCAUUGAAUACUAAGGAUGGCCAUAUGAAAUAAGUGAUAUUAUUAUUGUUUUGUAGAUGAGGAAAUUGAGACACAGGUUAAGUGGAUUUCUUUAGCCCAAAAUCUAGGAAACUGGGGAGUAAGGAUUCUAAUCCAGGCUGUUUAACUCUAGAACUCAUGCUUCUGUUUGUCAUACUUAUAUAACUUAUUAACAGACAUUGAGCACAAGAAUGCUUGUUUGGCAUUUUUCCAAAACUAGCAAUCAUCAGGUAAAGAAAAUUCAUGCUUGUCAACAGACAAAAUAAAUUUACUUCUAAAACAGAUUAAGGAAUUAAAGUUUGAAAUAAAAGCAGAAGAAAAUCAAGAAAUGAUGAAUUGUACUAAAGAGUUAAAGAAGAUUUGCUUGUAUCCAGGACUUCAAUUCGUGAAAGUCUGUCUGAUAGGAUGAAAUUGGUCAAAUGUAUGAAACAUUUUGGGUACUAAGACAUAUACUGUCUAACGCAUAGAAUAUAUUAGAGUUAAAAUCACUGUCAACAAACUACAAGGAAAGUGGGAAGAAAAAAGAAAAAAUACACUAAAGCACAUGAGCAUGAUUUCUUAUAUAUUGUCUCCCACUCCAGUUUCUCUUUAGGACUGGAUAUCUUCCUCUAGGUGAUUCAGAGCCCACUAAGUAGCCCUACUAGGGCCCUACUGCGCAACUUAACUCAUGCUAGUUCCUUCUUCUAGAGACUAAGAGUUGAGCAGUAGGGAGCAAUGGCAUUCAUGACCAGUACUUUCAGCUGCCAUUCAGUGUGCACUCUCAGUUUAUAAGUUUGCAUGUCUAUUCUUGCCUAAGGAUAAUCGAUACCAGGCAGUGCUUCCAUUCCAAUGCCUUCCUUUUAUCUUCAGGAAGUUGAAGAGGCUCUCACUGGCUUUAACACUUACUAAUGAUGUCUAUGGUACGAGACCAUGAAUAUACAUUCAUGAGACCAUGAAUAUACAGUGCUAUAGACUGCUAGAACUUAAUUCUCUUUAUCUAGCUAUAAUUUCGUAUUCUUUAACAAAUCUUUCCCUAUACCCCACUUCACCUUACCCUUCCAAGCCUCUGGAAUCCUCUGUACUAUAUUUUAUUUCUAUGAGAUUAAUGUUUUUUCCAGCUUCUGCAUAUUGAAUGAGAACAUACCAUGUUUAACGUUCUGAUCCUGGCUUAUUUCAUUUAACAUAAUGUAUAUACAUAAAUAUACAUGUCUAUAACAUGAGACCAUGAAUAUACUUCUGACAUCUAUCUUUAAGGUGUAUAUGUACAGCUUAAAUGAAAUACUGUCUUCAUUUUAAAAUUUUCAUAUAAUAUCUGUAAUCUAAUGAGCCUAAUUUUUAAGCAUUUAAUUUAAAAAGUUGAUUAAAGCCUGAAAUCACUCUUUAAGCACUGAAUUUUUCACUUAAAAACACAUGAAUACAGUCAUUCCUUGCUGUCCUCAAGAGAUUGGUUCCAGGACUCCCAUAGAUAUCCAAAUCCGUGGAUGCUCCAGUUUCUAGUGUCACAGUAUUUGUAUAGAACCUAUGCAUAUCCUCCUGUAUACUUCAGAUAAUCUCUAGACUACAUAUAAUACCUAAUACAGUGUAAAUGCUAUGUAAGUAGUUAUACUGUAUUGUUUUCUUUUUUAUUUUUUAAAUGGACAAAUAAUAAUUGUACAUAUUUAUGAUAUACAUAGUGAUGUUGCAAUAUAUAUUGUGUAUAGUGAUUAGACCAGGGUGAUUAGCAUAUCCAUCAUCUCAAACAUUUAAAAACAUUUUGUUUUGGGGACAUUCAGGAUCCUCCUUCUAGCCAUUUGAAGCUACAUAGUAUAUUGUUGUUAACUAUAGUCAUCCUACAAUGCUAUAGACCACUAGAACUUAAUCCUCUUAUCUAGCCAUAAUUUUAUAUUCUUUAACAAAUCACUCUCUAUAAUGUACUUCCCCCUACCCUUCCAAGCCUCUGGAAUCCUCUGUAUUACAUUUUACUUCUACAAGAGUAGCUUUUUUUCCCCCAGCUUCUGCAUCUGAGUGAGAAGAUACUAUGUUUUUAACGUUCUGAUCCUGAGUUAUUUCACUUAACCUAAUGUUCUACAGUUCCACACAUGUUGCCAGAAAUGAAGGAUUUCAACAUUAUUUAUGGCCAAAUCAUAUUUCAUUGUUUACACAUACCACAUUUUCUUUGUCCCUAUUAAUCUGUUGAUGGACACUUAGGUUGAUUCUAUAUCUUGUCUAUUAUAGAUAGUGCUAAAGUAAACAUAGGGAUGCAGAUGUCUCUUUGAUAUAUUGAUUUCUUUUCCUUUGGGCAAAUGUCAAGUAGUGGGAUUGCUGGAUCACAUGAUAGUUCCAUUUAUAGUUCUUUCAGGAACCUCUAUCCUCCUCUCCAUAGUGGCUAUACUAGUUUACAUUCUCACCAACAGAGUAUAGCAGUUUCUUUUUCUCUGCAUCUUUGCCAGCAUUUGUCAUUUUUUAUC